CCUCAAGCCCCCAGGCGAGCUCGGUCACACAAGGACACUUCACGAGCAUGACUUUGCUUCUUUAACCGGCUCCCCGAUUUAUCACGCCCAGACGAGCCUUUGGCCUACUGAUCAUUCCGAUGCAUUCCUGUCGUGACCAUUCCGAACGUUUUCACCCCACAUCGUCAUGGCUGUCAUGGAUUCAAGGACUUGCAAUGCAUCCUCGGAAUCAAACCCACAUGGAAACUUGAUCAUCAACCCGUGAAAUGAAUUCCCCGGGAAAUCAACAAAUGAGAAUCUGAUAUAAGCGAAAGCUAACGCAUUUUCACAGCUGAAGCUUACCCAAUCUGUUCUCCUAGGUGAGAUUAGCCAGAGCAAAACCCCCCACAACGAAUCGCACUCGCUGCGGUGGCUUCGGUCCAUGGGCUCGGCUUUUGCGAUCAAUCAUCAAAAGUGCGCCAGGGCCCCCGAGCUUCGGCCCUGUCCAGGCUUCAUGAUUGCCCGGGGUACCGCUCUUCUUGCCUAAAUGAUAGGCCCGCCCGCCGCCUGGGAUGGGGCAUUGUCGCGUGGGGUUUUAUCCGAUGGGCACUUAUCCGGGGGCAUACUGGGCCAUGUGAGAGGCAGGAUGUUCAGCGAGUAUUGCCCAUUUCAGGCGAGAGGCUCCAAUAAGAUCAAGACGCCUGAAUAUGCGUGUGGACUUACUUACAAAAGCGGACUAUGGAGACAAAAAAACGAUAAGACUGACUGAUCACCCUCCCCCCCAGAGCUUUUCGCACAUUCUGCGCAGUGUCCUCCUUUCUACCCUACUUUUCCUUUGCGGUUCGUUUGGUUCUCGACCUGUUGUUCCAGGAGAAAAGUCCUGUUCACCCUACCAUCAAAACACUUAGCGACAGACCACCAACACCAUGACCAUGGAGGCAGACAAGGAGAUAGGAGAGCCCACGACCUCGAUCGAAAAUGUGACCCAACUUCACGAAUUCGAAAACAGAGAAGGAUACAUCAUCGACGCGACCGACCCGGAACAUGCCAAUCUCAAACGAGCGCGCGAUGGUCAUACCAUCCUACUCCCUCAACCUUCUUCCGACCCCCAGGACCCUCUGAACUGGAGUAGGUUCAAGAAACACUUGAUUCUCAUCAUCAUCUCCAUGACGUCCUUCCUCCCCGACUACGGCAGUGCCACUGGUGCGGUUACCUUGCUUCCUCAGGCGCAGGUGUGGAACAUGACCCCCGACCAUGUCAACCAUUCGCAGGUGGGCAACGUCUUCAUGCUGGGGGCGGGCGGUGUCGUCGUCGUCGCUCUCUCGGCGUAUUUCGGCCGUCUCCCUGUCCUGUUCUAUUUCCUCGUGCUUGCCACCGCGACGGCGGUGUGGUGCGCCGCGGCCCAGUCGUUCGAGUCGUUCAUGGCCGCACGUAUCCUGAACGGCUUCUUCAGCACCGUGGCCCAAGGGGGUGGAUUGAUGUUCAUUUACGACAUGUUCUUCUUCCACGAACGAGCCAGGAAGAUCAACAUUUGGGCCGCCUUCAUCAUCCUGUCCCCGUACUUUGGUCCCUUGUUUGCCGCCUUCAUCAUCAGUACACAAUCGUGGCGAGUCCCAUUCGAAGUUUACAUUGCCGAGACUGCCCUGUGUCUGGUCCUGACAAUUCUUUUCGUCGACGAGACAUACUACGACCGUCGCAUCCCGGCAUCGUCCCAACCGGCACGCGGCAGCAGAAUCGCCCGUCUUGUGGGUGCCGCGCAAUUCCGCUCUCGCGGCCUCCGCAACACCCUAGGGCAGGCACUCAUGCGACCCGUCAAGGUCGCCCUCAAACCCACCGUCUUCAUUUCGUGCUUUUAUUAUCUUUUGACGUUCGCGUGGGUGGUGGGAAUCAACACCACCCUCUCAAUCUUCCUCACGCCCCUUUACAACUUUGGUCCCCUCCAGAUCGGCUACUUUUACUUCACCCCCAUCGUGGCCGCCCUGCUGGGCGAGGUCUGCGGCCACUGGCUCCACGACUUCAUCGCCACGAGUUACAUCAACAAACAUAAAGGUCACUUCGAGCCCGAGGUCCGGUUGAAGGCCAUUUGGAUCUCGACCCCUUUCAUGGUCGCCGGUCUCGUCGGCUUGGGUUUCGCCCUCGAGGACGCCUUCCAUUACAUGGUGACGAGUGUCUUUUGGGGCCUGUACGUCUUUGGCAUCAUGAUCACCACCGUCGCCCUCAACGCCUACAACCUCGACAGUUACCCCGAGGCGUCUGGUGAAGUGGCUUCUUGGAUCAAUUUCUGUAGAACCACGGGUGGUUUCAUUAUCUCAUAUUUCCAAGUGACAUGGGCGAAUGCACAAGGUACAAAGACCUCAUUCGGUAUUCAAGCCGCCAUUUGUGGAGCCGCCUUUCUGUUGAUUGUGUUUUUACAAUUCUUUGGAAAGAGAUUGAGAGUCAAGUCUGGAGCAUUGAAUUUCGCAACUGCUUGAGUAAUGAAUGAGUCAGUGGACCCUGGAGAAGAGAGAGGGAAAAAGGAGAAAGAGAGGGCCUCGGAGUGGGCCGAGCAUGUGUGUUUUGUGUCUGUUCGUGUUUAUAAAUGUCGGAUAUCGAAAAGGG